CGGUGCGGUUCUUUGGGGUUUUGUGAUCAGAAGCAUAGUUACUGAGUUGCAGCAGCGAUAAGGAAGUAUUUUUAAACAGCUUAUAAAUAGUGAAGAGGGGGCGAGGAAGUGUGAGUUUAUAUCAGUACCGGGAAUUGGUACAAUUAAAAUGGUGUGAAGGAUAACGCUGGAGAACGAUCAGGAGGAACGAGUGGUGGAAAUGGCGCAUUUAGAUAAUGAAAUGAACGGUUUCCAAUCUGCCAUGAACGAGCAGGAUGCUGCAGCGGAGGGCAUCCAGUACGACCGGUUAAAGUAUUCAGAUCCAGAAGCUCUGAUGCGACAUCUGUACUACAGCUGCAUGGGAAACAGUUCUGCUGGUGGGCUGGCAAUUAAACAAGCCGCUCGUACGAGUACCAACCGCAACCAGGAACCGUUGCAACUGCUGUGUCCGCGCCGUUUCGAUGGGUGGACAUGCUGGAACCCCCAGCCAGCCGGAACGGUCGCAGAAAGCCAUUGUCCCAAUUUUGUGCUGGGCUUCGAUGCGAACCGAUUAGCAUAUCGCGUAUGUCAUACCAAUGGAUCCUGGUUCGUACAUCCCGAGUCGGGCCGGGAAUGGUCCAAUUAUACCAACUGCAUCGACGUUGAUGACAUGCAGUUCCGUCGCUUGGUGAACGAUCUCUACAUCGGCGGUUACACCGUAUCUCUCGUCACGCUCGUCGUUUCGUUGUGUGUAUUUUUCAGCUUCAGGACUUUGAAGUGUACCCGCAUUCGCAUCCACAUUAACCUGUUCAUCUCGUUGGCGCUGAGCUGCAUCUUCUGGAUCGUGUGGUACAAAUUUGUCGUCGAGGAUCCGGAGGUAGCCAACCGGAAUGGGUACUGGUGCAUUGGGCUGCACAUCUUGCUGAACUAUCUGAUGCUGGUGAACUAUCUUUGGAUGUUCUGCGAAGGAUUGCAUCUGCAUCUGGUGCUUGUGAUAGUUUUCAUCAAGGAUGCGAUUGCAAUGCGCUGGUUUUAUGCCGUUGGCUGGUUUCUUCCGAUCCUACUGGUUUCGCUGUAUGCAACGAUUCGAAACAACUAUACGCCGGACACGGAGCAUUGCUGGAUGGAGGAAAGUCACGCCAUGUGGCUGCUUACGGUUCCGGUGUGCAUUUCUCUCGUUGCCUCGUUGGUUUUCCUUAUCAACGUGGUCCGGGUGCUGCUGACGAAGCUUAGCUCCACUUCGCCCAAUCCGGCCCCGUUAGGACUGAAGAAGGCUACCCGAGCGACGUUCAUUUUGAUCCCGCUUUUCGGCCUGCAGCACAUAUUGUUGCCAUUUCGACCGGAUAAGGGAUGUGAGCUGGAGCGCUACUAUCAGAUCUCGUCGGCGGUGCUGAUUAGCCUGCAAGGUGCGGCUGUGUCCUGUCUGUUCUGCUUCGCAAAUCACGAUGUGAUUUUCGCCGUCAGGUGCCAACUGAGCCGCAUCUUGCCGCAACUGGUGGAGCAUCCGUACCGCGAGAGCUACAACGGUGGACAGCAAGCGACGCAGAGCCGCGAUAUGGUGGUAUGACUGUUGGGCUUCCGGCGCGGGACACGUACGACCGGAAGCCACGAGAUCGUGGGCGAGUGCGUCGAAGGAGUUGUUUAGAAAGUUUGGACUGACGCGACUUACUACAGGAGCAACAAGUAGUUUAACUCUAGCUGUCAAACAUUCUACGUGUACACGGGUUGUGGAUAAUUCGUUCGAUCACUUCAAAGACUUGAAUGGAAACGGAAGACGAAAUCAGUGUAAGUGGAUGUUACGUGUUGAUUCAACAAUUAGCUCCUGAACGAGCGAUGAUCGUCCACAAACAGCUUAAGCACUAGAUGCUGAAAUUUUACUGUCCCCUUCCGAGAAAUGUUCCCUAUAAUAGGAUGUGCUAUUUUAAUGGAGUUAACACUAGGAUUCGAAACAGUUCCUGUAUUCAUCUACUGCAGUGGAUAUUGCUGAUAAAUUGUAAAAGCGAACGAACAUCGAUUCAUUCCACCUAGUUUUGAGUAGACCAAUACAAAAAACAGCUUGUGCCGGCCAACUGGAAAACCUCUCUAAUACAGAAUAAAAAAAGCAUACUUGGGACAGCACGCCAUUCCUCAUCGUGCAACCUUAUCAGCUCCCUGCAUGCUAAUCAAUACCGACUCCGGCCACAUCCGAAUCCGGGUCCUGGUGGGAUGGGAAGAAAUGUUAGUCCAAUAAUUCUUGCUACUAAGGACCAGGGAAUUCUCUGCAUCUUCACAAGUACUUCGGGAAAGGAAUUGUUGUUAGUAGAAGGCUGAGCUAGAUGGAUAAUUUCGUUGAUUAAACAUUACUUCGAAGAAGAUUUUUUCCAAGGUCUUCAACUCCGAGAUGAUGGUUUACGCAAGCUGUAAACAGUUCGGGAUUCCGAUGUCCACUGUCGUUUACUGGAGAAUUGGACAUUGCAGAAAAAUCCACUAACUGUUCUGUCAAAACAAAAGGAGCAGCAAAUUGUGUCGACUAAUUGUUGGUAAGCAGGAUCAGUUUCCCGACAUGCACUUCUGUCCCAAGUGAGUGAGUACCUGACAUCCAAGGAGCGGAUCACGCUGUUCUGGAACAAUCGACCAGGACGUAAGUGGAUCUCUGGUUUUAUGCGUCGCAAACCCGGUUUUUCUUUCCGCACACCAGAAACAGUAACAUUAGCAAGCGGCCGGGUAACUGAGAAGUAUCUUCAUGGUUGGUUCCAGGUGGUAGAUAACUGGCUUACUAGUUUCGAAGGAAUUUGUAAGAAAGAAUAAGAAAAAGAGGAAAAGAAGCGGCAGAAAAAACGACGGGCAAUGGAACGUGAAGAUGCAAAUCUGAAAAACUCAAAAAGUCUAGAAUUGAGGAGCGUGAACGUAAAAAAUUGGAGCCGAAAA